AUUCCAAACCUUUCAAUGGUAUCUUCAUCGUCGUCAUCUUCUGAAUCUGCUUCUUACGAUGUAUUUUUAAGUUUUAGAGGAGAGGAUACCCGGAAGACCUUUGUAGAUCAUCUCUACUCCGCCCUCGUACAACGCCUAAUCCACACUUAUAAGGAUGACGAAACACUUCCCCGGGGUGUAUCCAUCGGUCCAUCCCUCUUUAAUGCUAUCAAAAAAUCACAUAUAGCUCUCAUAAUUUUCUCCAAAAACUAUGCGGAUUCUUCAUGGUGCUUGGAUGAACUUGAGUUUAUCAUGAAAUGCGAAAAGGAGACUGGGCUAAUCGUUAUGCCGGUAUUCUAUGACGUGGACCCAUCUGAUGUGGAAAAUCAGAAGGGGGAUUUUGGAAAAGGAUUUGCUAAGCAAGGGGCAAACAACAUCACCAGAAUUGAAUCAUGGAGAAAAGCACUUGUUGAUGCAAGUAACCUUUCUGGAUGGGAACCCAAAAACGUUGCUAACGGGCAUGAAUCAAAAGUCAUAAAUGAGAUUGUCCAGAAGGUUUUCGAUAGAUUGAUUCCGGCUAUUUCAGAUAUUGACGAUGGUCUUGUUGGAAUGAGGACUCGAUUGCAAGAAAUGAUAGCACAAUUAGAGUUGGGGUCAGGUGAUGUACAAAUGGUUGGAAUAUGGGGGGUUGGUGGCCUUGGCAAGACUACUCUUGCAACUUCAGUUUAUAUGGAAAUCUCUCGCCAGUUCGAGGGUAGCUGCAUUGUGGAUAAUAUUCAAGAGGACUCAAGCAAAUAUGGUUUAAAAAAAAUGCAAGAAGACAUUUUAUCAUCUAUUUUUAAGGUGAAGGUGGAUGUCCCUAGUAUUACAGAAGGAAACAACAUGAUGAAAACUAGGUUACGUCGUAAGAAAGUAUUAAUACUUCUUGAUGAUGUUGAUAAACUUGACCAAUUGGAAGCGUUAGCCGGAUCAGAUGAAUGGUUUGGAGGUGGGAGUCGAAUAAUAAUCACAACUAGAGAUGAGCAUUUGCUUAGAGCCCACAAGGUUAAAAAGGUUUAUCGUGGUAAAUUAUUAUUAGAUGAUGAAGCUAGUCAACUUUUUAAUAUACAUGCAUACAACAAAAAUAACCCAUUACAGGAUUAUAGGAAGCUUUCAUUACGUGUGGUUAAAUAUGCUUCUGGGCUUCCAUUAGCACUUAAAGUUUUAGGUCGUUUUCUAUCCGACAAAGACGAGAAGGAGUGGAUGAGCACGUUGGAUAGAUUGAAAGACAUUCCUGAAAAGGAGAUCGUGAAGACGCUCAGAAUUAGCUAUGAUGGACUUGACACUGCAGAGAAAGAGUUAUUCUUGGACAUUGCAUGUUUCUUCAGGGGUUGUGGCACAGGUUAUGCAAUGGAGAUACUUGAAGCUUGUGGGUAUCAUCCUUGUAUAGGUAUAAAGAUUUUAAGAGAAAAAGCUCUCAUAACUAUUAAUACCGAAGGUAAGUUUGAUAUGCACGAUUUGAUUCAAGAAAUGGGACACUUCAUUGUCAGAGGUGAAAAUCCCGACAGACCUGAAAAGCAUAGCAGAGUUUGGAAACAUGAGGAUGUCAUUAGCAUGUGUUCUCGUGGUUCAAUAAUGGAAAAUGACAAAAUUGAAGCGAUACAUUAUCUAAAAGAUCAUGAUCAUGACUAUGAUCAUUCAUCACGCUUGUGUAUGAUUGUUUCAAAAAUGAAACAACUAAGGUGCCUUAGGGUGAAUAUAUUCGGUAAAAAGUAUGAUGAAGGGCCUAGUUUUCUUUCAAACGAGUUAAAGUAUAUUUAUUGGAGGAACUAUCCAGCAAGUCCAUUCCCGAACAGUUUUCAACCCGUGAAGCUGGUUGUUCUGAAAUUGGAUAUAAGCUUGCAAAAACAACUUUGGACUAGUGACCAGCAUCUGCCUCAUCUGAAAGUGCUUGAACUCAAUGAGAUGAAGAACCUAAUCAGCACACCAGACUUCGGGGGACUUCCUUGUCUUCAAAAGAUCACUCUCACAUACUGUGGUAGUUUAGAAGAGAUCCACCCAUCACUUGAAAAUCAUACUACUCUUGAAUACAUAGAAUUAUUAUUUUGUAUCAAGCUUCGAAAGUUUCCGACAAUUGUGAAAAUGGAAAAACUCAAGACUCUUAGAGUAUGGGGUUGUUUUGCGAUUACUGAGUUCCCGAAAAUCCAAGCAAACAUGGAAAGCUUGGUAGACUUGUAUUUGGGUUGGAUUGGGAUAAAAGUUCUACCCUCAUCAAUUGGAGAACGUUGUACCAACCUUACUUCGUUGACCUUGGGUAAUCUUCUUUAUCUAAAAAGCAUACAACUGAUCAGCUUGGAUGCCUUAAUACAUUUAAGUAAGUUCGAAUGCCAAGGAAAUAGUAUGUUGAUGUUCCAUCACUUUCCACGUAGCUUAAGAAAAUUGAAGGUUGUUAAAGCUAUUUUCAGAGAUGGAAAAUUUCCAUCAUAUAUUGGUGAGUUAUCCAGUUUAGAAGAGCUGGAUCUAAGCGAGAAUCAAUUUGAGCGGAUAGAUUUCAGCUUCUCACAACUUACUCAUCUUAAACUCCUCAUCUUGUCGGAAUGCAAAAGCCUUGUAGAAUUGCCCAAGCUCCCAUCAAGUUUAGCUAUUCUCAGAGCUGACCAGUGCGAAUCACUUACAAGUGUAGGAGAUUGUUACACAGAUUGUAAAAGGUUAUGUCAAGUCUCACUUAUAAACGGGGAUAUUGUAACUGAUGGCAACAGAUUACUAGAAAAUAUGCUUCAGGGAGAUGCUAUUGAAGAUCAAUCUCUGCUUCUUCAACUGGAUGGCCUCGAGAUUCCAAAGCGUUUUAUACCCGGUCUUUGUUGUGGAAGUAGAUAUACAUUGCAUCUUCCAAACAACUGGCAUGAUGACUUCUGUGGAUUCUUAAUGUGUGCUGUUUUCACAACUGGUUACCGCAACGAAGCUGUAAAGAUGAGUAUGAAACAACCAAUGAGUGAGGAGGGUAUGGAUUCUCGACAAAAUGAUGUGGUUUGGGAGGAUAGUAUGGGAGACAUUAGUACAUGGGUGGGGUAUAUUUCAUUUGGUUUAUUGAAGCACACUUCUUGGUGGGAUCGUACAUACAACACCCUUUCGUUCUCCAUUGAUGAAGAUAUAAGUUUUGUAGUGGGGUUGGAGUUAGGCUUGUUUCUGGGAAUAGCCGAGAUGGUCGUCUAGGAGAAACAUUUACAGAUUCUUCUGAUCAACUUUCACAUUAUAAACCUGACUUCAAGAUUGAAUAUGAAUCGGCGUAUGCUUUAAGGAUUUCUCUUGGCGCGAGGGAUUCAUGAACUCAUAAUGCUCAAACAAAUGUGUGGUUUUUCUCUUCUUUGUUCUAUUUAUAUUGAAUAUAUAUAUAUAUAUAUAUAUAUAUAUAUAUAUUAUUUAUAUUUUAUUUGAAAAACGAUUGUAUUUGAAAUCUUUGUAUAACACGUGUGUGAAACCUGUAUCACCUAUACGGUUUCACCAAACUAUCAAAGGCCAACGGUAUGAAACCUACAUGGCUAUCUUCUGUGCGUGUGUGAUCUUAUUAUGAUGGACAUUUGUUUUAAGAAAAAUAGCUUGAAAAUGAUGAAAGGUUUUUUUGUCCUUUAAA